AUGCAAAAUGCCAUGGCAACCACAUUCAAGCUGGCUGUCAUCCGUACCACUCACUUCACGGGCAUGACCACAGACUUGAGUGUGCAGCUGGCGCACGUGCUUACCGG